AUGUCUUGCUUCGAGUGUUUCGCGGGCAUCUGCGGCGGUGGGGCAUACAGCAAGAAAAAGGCGGCGCUGAAGAAGGCCAAGGGUUUGGUCGUGGAGCUGGUGAAGAAAAAGUCCUGCGCGCCGAUCCUCGUGCGCCUGGCCUGGCACGACUCGGGCACAUACGACAAGGCCAACGCGGGCAAACCGUGGCCCAAUGCGGGCGGCGCCAUCGGCUCGAUUAUAACCGACCACGAGAUUCUCGCGGGCCCGAACGCGGGUUUGCAGAAGGCUAUCACCUCCUACCUUCAGCCCAUCAAGGACGCGUGCGGCGACGACAUCUCAUGGGCAGACCUCAUUCAGCUGGCCUCCGCCACCGGCAUCGAAGUGGAAGGCGGGCCCAAGAUCCCCAUGAAGUAUGGGCGCGUGGAUGGCGUUCCCACCGAGCUCCAGCCGCCCCCGUUCGGCCUGCCCGGCGUCUGCUUCAAUGAGGACCCCGUGGCUCACCUCAAGUACGUGUUCUACAAGUACGGCAUGGACGACAAGGACAUCGUUGCCCUCAGCGGCGCCCACACUCUCGGCCGAGCCUUCGCGGACCGCUCGGGCACGGUGAAGGAGGGCUCCACGGGGGGGACCAAGUACACCACGCGCGGCUGCCCGUACAUGGCGAACUCUUUGACGGCUGGCGGUCGCUCUUGGACGAAGAAUUGGACGAAGUUUGACAACACGUAUUUCACCGACAUGGCCAAGGAUGACCCAGAGUGCGUCGCCUUCCCAACCGACAAGUGCUUAAUGACUGCUCCAGAGUUCAAGCCGCAUUUCGACUUGUUUGCUAAGGACCAGAAGGCGUUCUUCGAUGCUUACAAGGUAUCGCAUAAGAAGCUUUCGGAGCUCGGGAGCAAGUUCGACCCGGAAGACGACCGCGACGCAGGCGACGAGGCCGGCGUCGACGGCGUGUGGCAGCGCGGCGACCGGGCGGCGGGAGGCGAUGGCGGCCAGCCCGAGGCCAGGCCGCUGGCGCGCAAGCUGCGGCCCUGGCUGGCGCUGCUACUCAUCGGGCAGGCCGUGUUGAUAGUCGUGCGAUGGCACCUCGGCGACGCGCACGGCGCGCUGCUGAUGCUGACCAUCUGGGCCGUGGGCGUGCUGGCGGUCUCCGUGGGCGCGGACACGGUGUACUGCGGCUACUUCGGCUUCAUGGUGUUCGUCAGCGGCCUGCUCGACCUGAACCUUGCCAUAGAGAGCGUCAUCUGGAACGAGUGGAAGAAUUGGCAGCGGCGUGCUCUGGAGAAGGGGGAUCUCUCGAACUUCGUGAAGCCCGCCGUCUACCUCGUGUGCUCGGGGGUGCAGCUGGCCUCCGCGUUCAUCGCGUACCUGCUCUUCAAGGACCGAUGGCCGAAAGCCUCGAGGAGGCGGAGCACGACGAGGCCGAGGAGCCGCUGUUCACCACCGAGGACCAGGUGCGCAUCUACAACGCCGUGGUGGCGCACGGGGGCCGGUCGGCCCCCGUGGCCGGCGCGGGCCAGCUGGGCGGCGCGGUGCGCGGGGGGGCCGGCGGCGACCCGAUGA